AUGGCACCCUGCAACCAAUACGCACAACCAUCAACUUUUCUACUCGCUUGCUUAUCUUCAAUGCAACUUGCAGACUUGUGCGCUCUUGUUGUCCCUUCCAUUUGGGCCGGUGCAUUCACAACUCCACACCAACAACAUCAAUGGUCAUCUACAUCCACCAAACGGCAUGAAUCCUUUAAGGUCUUUUGCCAUAAAGUGCUAAAGGCCACCCAAAUCUCUUCUGCUUGCGUUUUGCUAUCACUCUACUACAUCCAUCGUUUACGAUCAGCUUACCCAGCCAUUCAUGCAUCGAUCGGCUCCGAGGUGCGUCUCUUUACCACAGCUCUUAUUCUUGCCAACAAGUUCCUUGAUGACAAUACUUUCACCAACAAGACCUGGUCCGAUGUAUCAGGCAUCCCUGUACGCGAGCUUAACAUCAUGGAAGUGGAAUUUUUGUCAGCUCUCAACUACAACAUUUACAUCUCCCAUCACGAGUAUUUUGCUUGGGCUAAUCGAUGCCAACAACACUAUACCAAUAGCCAGCAACAACAACAUCAUAAUCGACCCAUCAAAGUACCAGCACGAUUAUCUGUCAAGCCAACCUUGUCGAUGCCAUCCUCCAUAUCAAUGCCUUCAAUGUUACCAUCACCUGCUGUCAAACGACCUGCAUCACAUCCACAGCAACGAGCAGCUAAGCGACGCUAUCAUGUACCUUGCACACCUCCAGAUGAAAGUAUACAGCAUCAACCAGUGGUUGUUCAUAGCAAUCCACCACCACCAUCAUCCAUGCCUUAUACAUCCUCGUAUCCACGGACGCCAUUGUACACACCAUUGCUGCAAUCAGAAAUGCACUUGUAUCCAACGACCCCAGCAACAUCUACCUCAUCUUGCAGCAUCAGCUCUUCAUCAUCAGCAUCCUCCACCACCUCUUUUUGUACUUCUACACCAUCCAUUUGCCAGCCUGUCUUAAGCUGGUCAUCAUCAUCAUCUGCUUUAGCGUCUUCACGCCAUAAUACAGUACUUGCUUCAUCGAUUGCUUCAGCUGCAGCAGCUGCCGCAAACGUAUCCGCUAGCACCUCAUCAUUCUUGGCAUCGCGUGUACGAUGUCUAGAAAUUGAGUAA